AUGGCAAAACCUCAGCUCCCACCACGCCAGAGCCAUCUCAAGAUGACCAUCUCCAGUCCUUCAGUUCACAAAAUGGCCGCCUCCAGUCCUCCAGCCCACAAGAGGGCCGCCUCCAGUCUUCCAGCUAACAAGAUGGCUGCCUCCAUUUCUCCAGCUCACAAGAUAGCUGACUCUAGUCUUCUAGUUCACAAGAUUACUGCCUCCAUUCCUCCAGCUCACAAGAUGGCUGUCUUCAGUCUUUCAGCUCACAAGAUGGCCGCCUCCAUUUCUCCAGUUCACAGGAUGGCCUACUCCAGUCCUCCAGCUCACAAAGUGGCCACAACUAGCCCUCCAGCUCACCCAUGGGUAAGCACCAAUCUGCCACUAGCUCACAAGAUGGCUCGCUGUUCCACGUCUGUUCCUGCUAUAGUUCCAAUCCAAGUUCCUGUUCCUGAAAUGCCAUCACCUGAGCCACCAGAAUGGCCACCACAACCUGAGUUGACAAAGCUGCUACCACCACCAGAGCUUUUGCUGCCAGAGCUGCCAGAUCCUCAGUCACUGCCAGAGUCGUCAGAGCCGCCUCCAGAGUUGCCGCUGCCGUCUGAGCUUCCCGAUUGGUCGCAGCUAGAUCCUCUUGAAUCCCCCGAAUUGUGGGCACCAGACACCUUAAAUCCCUCGAAUGGGGAACACUAG